AUGGGCCGUUUGUCGGACAGCUCUCCGCCACAGGAUUCAACCGAGAAACCACCUCCUGAAACCGAAGAGCUCUAUGCUGCUCCUCAACCCGCGCAGGACGAGUCGGGUACCAUCGUUGUGAACCCAGAUCGAACUAGAUGUGAGACUGAAAGCAAAGAUGACCGUAAAAAUGCUGCAGAGACCGAACAAGCCGCCUCUUUGGGCAACUACUUUAGAGUUCUUUCCUACACAAACGCCAAGGAUCGAGUCGUACUCGGAAUGGCGUUGAUCUGCUCUAUUGGAUCUGGAGUGCCACUGCCCCUUAUGAAUAUCGUGUUCGGUAAGAUGGUUGGCGAGUUCAACGGAUAUUUUAUCCCCGGCACCUCGGUCACAGAGGCACAAUUCAAAUCAUCCUUCGCUUUGACAUAUGUCUCCAUGUUAUGUUUCCGUGUUAUUGGUCUUCGAGUUUCAGCUGCCCUCCGGCUGGAAUACAUGCAGUCCCUUUUCACCCAACCAAUAACUACGCUCGAUCAAGUGUCGGUGGGCACGGUCACAAAUACCAUCUCGACGCUCUCCAAUUCGAUUCAGCAAAGUAUUUCCGAUAAGCUCGCAAUUUUGUUCCAAUCUCUGGCUCUCCUAAUUACAGCAUACAUCAUCGCCUUCAAGUACUCGUGGGCCUUGACUCUCGUUACCAGCGCUUCCCUCUUGUUUAUCCUUAUCGCUUGUAGUGUGACGAUCCCCAUUAUCACCAAGGUUCAACAGAAAGUCGACAAAGCCGAUGAGAAGCAUUCAUCAAUAGCAGCGGAAGUGUUUGGCUCUAUUCGAACCGUAGUUUCCCUCGGGGCUGAGGAACCCCUCAGGAAGAAAUACGUCACCUGGAUUGAAGAAGCACGAAAGCGUGGACAAAACAUGUCCAUUGUCAUGGGAGUCCAAUUUGCUCUCAUGUUCUUUGCAAUGUACUCGAGCUUUUCUUUGGCGUUCUGGUUUGGGCUGAAGUUGUUCCGCGAAGGCCAUAUCGAGAAUAUCAACACCGUCAUCACUGUGUUUUUCUCCAUCAUGAUUGCAGUCACGAUUCUGGGAAAUAUUGCAACCCCAUUGAUCAUGGUCUCUAAGGCCGCCAGCGCCGCGGGCUCAUUUUUCGAGAUGAUAGACUCCGAGAGGAUUGAGCUUGGCGGCCUCCGUGAUCCUGAUGUUUCAGCUCAUGUGGACAUUGUUUUCCAAAAUGUCCAUUUUACAUAUCCUACGCGACCAGAUACUGCAGUCCUCAAGGGCCUGGAUGCUCGAUUCGAAAAAGGCAAGACCACGGCAUUGGUUGGUCCCUCAGGUUCCGGUAAGAGUACCAUUGUGGCUCUAGUAGAGCGAUGGUAUCAACUGGGAGUGAGGGAAGAGGACCAUAGCCGAGGAACCAUCUCCGUGGGCGAACACAAUAUCAAUAGUCUGGAUAUAAAAUGGUGGAGAUCGCAGAUCGGGCUGGUUCAGCAGGAGCCCUUCCUUUUUAACGACACGAUUUUCAACAAUGUCUCAUUCGGCCUCAUCGGAACGAGAUGGGAAAACGAAACCGAAGCGGUGAAGAGGGAGAUGGUGGAGAAGGCCUGCAAGGAGGCCUUUGCGGAAGAAUUCAUCAAACGCCUGCCAAAGGGAUACUCUACCAUGGUGGGCGAAAACGGCACCAAAUUGAGUGGUGGCCAAAGGCAACGUCUUGCAAUUGCUCGCAGUAUCGUGAAACAGCCCACCAUUUUGAUCUUAGACGAAGCAACAAGUGCAAUUGACGUUCGUGGCGAGAAAAUUGUCCAAGCCGCUCUUGACCAAGUUUCGAAAAACCGCACCACCAUCGUAAUUGCUCACCGGCUAUCUACCAUUCGACAGGCAGAUCAUAUCAUUGUCAUGAAAGGCGGUGUUAAUGUCGAGCAGGGAACACACGACGAGCUACUAGCGGAUGAAAAAGGUGUUUACCAUGACCUUGUUCAUGCUCAAAAGCUUGAGCUCUUGGCAGAGGACGAGACCGAUGAGAGUGAUAUUGCUCAUGAGUUGAAAGAAGAGGUCCAGUUGGCCCAUUUUGCUGUCGAUGAUAAACCGCAGAUGCAGGAAGAAAUUAAGAAAGACAAAACUCGGGGUUUCUUUAGGAGCAUCGGCCUGCUUUUAUAUGAGCAACGUACAAAUUGGCCUUUUUACCUAACGACUGUAUUUGGCGCAGUUGGUGCAGGAGCCGCUUUCCCGCUUCAGAGCUGGCUUUUUGCAAAACUCAUUCAUGUAUUCCAAUAUACUGGUCAACAGCUUGCGGAUGCCGCCAACUUCUGGGCUUUGAUGUUCUUCAUUCUUGCCCUAGGGGUCGCUCUCUGCUACAGCAUCGUGGGAUACUCUGCUAAUUCGCUUUCAGUGAGGAUUGGUUCGUCCUGCAGGAAGGAGUACUUUCAGAGCAUAUUAGAGAAACCUAUACCAUUCUACGAUAUGAAUGAGAAUGCAUCUGGGUCGUUGAUAUCCCGCCUGGCAACCGACCCAAAGCAAGUUCAAGAAUUACUUGGAAUAAAUGGGAUAUUCCCCGUUAUCUCUAUCUUCAGCAUGAUCGGUUGUAUCGCAAUUGCGUUCUCGUUCGGUUGGAAACUCAGCCUCGUAGCUGUGUUUGCAGCCCUACCAUGCACUUUCCUGGCUGCCUUUAUGCGCAUCAGAUAUGAAUUGCAGUUUGAAGCAAUGAACGCAGAAGUGUAUUCUGGAAGCUCACAGUUUGCAGCAGAAUCUAUCGAGGCUUUUCGAACAGUAUCAGCAUUAACGAUGGAAGACGCAAUCCUUGACCGCUAUGCUAAUCUAUUGCGACAACAACAAAACAAAGCUUUCAGGAAAGCAUGGUAUGCCACCCUGAUAUUUGCUUUUUCCGAUAGUGUUGAGCUAUGUGCGAUGGCUCUCACCUUCUGGUAUGGUGGUCAACUACUCGCGUCUAGAGAGUACCAGCCGACAUCAUUCUUUGUCAUUUACAUGGCUAUCAUCCAAGGAGGGCAAUCUGCUGGUCAAUUUCUCAGCUUUGGACCGAAUAUGGCACAAGCCACUGCAUCGGCUAACCGGGUAAUGAACCUACGAUCAAGUUCAGCUACGAAAGAUACGGCCAGCAUCGGAGAGAAACAACUUGCCCGUUUUGCUUCACAAUCUGGAGCUAGCAUCGAGUUUUGUGACGUUGCGUUCAAAUAUGCCUCUCAAGAUGCCCCUCUUUUCACUGGACUUAAUGUUCGUAUUGAAAGCGGACAGUUUGUUGCCUUUGUUGGGCCUUCUGGCUGCGGAAAAACAACGGUAAUAUCCCUGCUGGAACAGUUUUAUGAACCUUUUCAAGGCACGAUAUCCCUGAAUGGCCAAGAGAUUCGCUCCAUUGAAAUAUCAUCCUAUCGCAGAGCGUUAUCGCUAGUGGCCCAAGACCCGAGACUUUUCGAGGGAACAAUUCGCGAGAAUAUCACUCUUGGACUGGAUGACUCUGACUUCACGGAGGACGAGAUAACCCAAGCUUGCAAAGACGCUGAGAUACAUGAUUUUAUUACGUCGUUGCCCGAGGGCUAUUCCACCGAACUGGGAAUUAAAGCACAGACAGCUUUGAGCGGAGGCCAGAGACAGCGGCUAUGCAUCGCGCGUGCACUGCUACGAAAACCGUCAUUGCUUCUCUUGGAUGAGGCAACUUCGAGUCUGGAUUCGCAAUCAGAAAAGGUAGUACAAGCGGCUCUCGAGCGCCUGGCGGGGAGGAGAAACAUGACAAUUGUCGCGGUCGCGCACAGACUUGCUACUAUCCAGAAAGCUGAUAUGAUAUUUGUCUUCGGCGAAAGCCGGACUGGCCAUGGAUCGCGAAUCGUGGAGCAGGGAACCCAUCAGGAAUUGCUUCGGACCAAAGGAACCUACUGGCAGAUGUGUCAGGAAAACGCCCUGGACAGGUGA